AUGUCUGCCGCUGUUACUCCCUUUUCCGAACGUGAAUUCCCCGAUACCAUCUGCCUGUUUGAUGUUGACGGAACAUUGACCCCUGCCCGUCUGGUUGUUUCCGAUGAGAUGCGUGAUCUGCUUAAGGAGCUCCGCAAAAAGUGUACCAUUGGCUUUGUUGGUGGUUCCGAUCUUGCCAAACAAAAGGAACAGCUCGGUAACGAUGUCAUUUCCCAGUUCGAUUUUGCCUUUUCCGAAAAUGGCCUGACUGCUUACCGUCUUGGUGAAAAAAUGGCUUCCCAAUCUUUUAUUAAUUGGCUCGGUGAUGAAAAGUAUAACAAACUCGCUCGCUUUAUCCUCAGAUACCUCGCUGAUAUUGAACUGCCUAAGCGUAGAGGUACCUUUAUUGAAUUUAGAAACGGCAUGAUCAACGUCUCCCCCAUUGGCCGCAAUGCUAGCACCGAGGAACGUAAUGAAUACGAGGCCUUUGAUAAAGAAAAUAAGAUCCGCGAGAAGCUUGUUGCUGCUCUCAAGGAAGAGUUCCCUGAUUAUGGUCUUACUUACUCCAUUGGUGGCCAAAUCUCCUUUGAUGUUUUCCCCACUGGCUGGGAUAAGACUUACUGCCUCCAGUACGUUGUCCCUGAGGGCUUCAAGAAUAUCCACUUUUUCGGUGACAAGUCCUACAAGGGCGGCAAUGACUAUGAAAUUUACACUGACGAUAGAACCAUUGGCCAUGCUGUCAACUCUCCUGAGGAUACUGCUCGUAUUCUCAAGGAACUUUUCUUCCAGUAA